UAGAUAUGGAUAUAACAGGAAAAAAAACGGUCACAGGACCAUGUCUGUGUCAUCGACAACAGCAGCUGUGUAUAUUUCCCGGCAAAAUUUCUGUAAUGGGGCGUGCAAAAAUGGCAAUGUAUUCUUAACAUCGGUCUCAUUUGCAUCGAAACAACGUAGAUUUUAUAUUAGAAGCUCUAGCGAUGGAGCAGCCGAGACUGCAGCAACUGAGGUAGAAGAUUCAGAGAAUUACAUUGAAGUUCCAGGAGGGCCUCCGUCUUUGAUUUCUGCUCUUAAUGUGGAGAGAGCUCUUCGUGGCAUACCGAUUACAGAUGUGGAUCACUAUGGCAGACUUGGGAUCCAAAGAAGAUCUUCAUAUGAAGAGGUUACGGUUGCAUAUAAAAACAAGGUCGAUGAGCUCCUGAAUCAGGGGCUUGAUGAAGCAGAAGUCAGGGAAAAAAUGGAACUUCUAAAAGAAUCCUACACAAUUUUAUCCUCUAGAGAUGAGAGAAGAAUGUACGAUUGGAGCUUGGUCAGGAGUGAGAAACCAGAAAGAUACAUGUGGCCUUAUGAAGUUGACUUUACACCAACUGCACCUCCUCCGCCACAGGUUUUUGUGGCAGUCAAGAUUUAGGUUAUCCUCCAGAGCUCUGAUACAUAUAUCAUGGAUAACCAACAAUUUUCUUCAAGUUCUUUGAAUGAUUGAGGCACAUUAGGCCCUUAAAAUGUCUAAACUCUGAGUUUUGCUGUCAGGGUUUCUCUGUUCCAAAUCCAAUGAGUUGUUGAAACUUGAAACUCCAUCGGUGCCUCUAUUAGGAUGUGGCAGUGGUGCCAGAAAUUGAAGAAUAGCUUUAUAAAACUUCAAAUUUAGAUCAUAAAUUCAAUUUCCAUCCUUUUACACGAUCCAUAAAUUUCUCCACGGUGAUCAAAUGA